AUGGGACGAUGGCGAGGACGUCUCUACGCUACUGACAGAGCGCGAGACUUUGACCAUGAGCGUGACCGACAUGUCCGGGUUCGACAGAUCUACGAGACUAUCGACCGACAAGGCUUCCAGUGGGUAGUUGUCCUUGUCGCAGGAGUGGGAUUUCUGCUCGAUGGAUUCUCAUUGUUCGCGGGCAACGUUGCCCUGCCGAUGAUCGCAUAUGUCUACUGGCAUGACGAGGUCUCGUCCUUUCGGCUGACGUGCAUCAACAUCGCUACUCUGGCCGGCACCCUCCUCGGUCAAGUCGCCUUUGGAUACCUGGCGGACAGGAAUGGGCGAAAGAAGAUGUACGGUAUCGAACUGGUUCUGCUGAUCGGGUCCACCCUGGGGGUUGUCAUGAGCUCGCGAGGAUACAACGGGAGCAUGAGCAUCUACUCUUGGUUGAUAUGGUGGAGGCUCAUGGUCGGAAUUGGUGUAGGCGCAGAUUAUCCUCUCAGCGCCGUCAUCACAGCAGAAUUUGCUCCUACCAAACACCGGGCACGCAUGAUGGCCACCGUGUUCUUCAUGCAACCUCUGGGUCAAAUUGCCGGCAACCUCAUCUCCCUCAUCGUCGUCGUCAUAUCCAAGAGUUCCAACGCCGAGGAUACCGUGCGGAGCGUUGAUCAGAUGUGGCGCUGGAUCAUCGGUCUGGGAGUCGUUCCUGGGGUGAUUGCCCUUCUGUUUCGAUUCGCCAUCCCCGAAACUCCCCGGUUCCUCCUCGACAUCGAAGACGACCCCGUCAAAGCCGAGUUCGACGCGACACAGCUCUUCGGCGGGACGGCCAUGGACACCGAGUUGGAAUCCAACAUGUGGUGCGACUCGAUUGCCGAUAUCGAGGAGUCAAAUCUGUCUUCCCACAGGUCCGUCGACGAACAUUCCGAAGGGUCGCCGUCGUGGGGAAUCACGCAGGCGCCUCGGGCCACACUCAACUCUUCGUGGCACCUCUCAAAGGCCGACAUCAAGCAGUACUUCUGGGUAGAGGGCAACUGGAAGACUCUCGCGGCUACCGCCAUGUGCUGGCUGCUUCUUGACUUCGGGUAUUACGGUAUAGGACUGUCGAGUCCGCAGUUCCUCGCCAAAACCUGGGGAUCCUUGAACACCUCUGGACCCCGGCCGCCGUGGCAGACCAACGACAGCCCCGACGCCAACAUAUACGACAUGUUCCUCGACAGUUCCGUGCACGCAUUGGUGAUAUUGAACAGUGGAAGUUUCGUGGGAGGCCUGUUGAUGAUUGCGGCCGCCGGCCGUUUGAACAGAGUCAGCCUGCAAAAGUACGGCUUCCUGGUGCUGGCGGCACUGUUUAUCGCUUUGGGUACGGUCUUUAUCACGAUCCACCAGGAAGGAGCUCUUGCUAUAACGUUGUAUGUCGUUGGGCAGAUUGCUUUCAACUUUGGACCCAACUCAACCACGUACAUCAUCCCCGCCGAGCUUUUCCCGACAAGGUACCGCGCCACGUGCCACGGCAUCAGCGCGGCGGCAGGGAAACUCGGAUCGAUUCUCGUCCAGGUGUUUUCGGCGUACUACAAGUUCGGCUCGACGUCCCCGGGCGACGACCAGACCAAGCGGUACGGUACGAUCCUGGUCAUCUUCAGCGUGUGCAUGUUCCUGGGCGCCAUCAUCACGCAUUUCUGGAUCCCAGACGUGCAGCAAAAGCAAAACCCGGCAAAAGUCAAGAGGACGUGUCCAUCGUCUGUAUUGGAUCUCAGGGCGGUGACGAGGACCAGGCCCAGCAAACCCCUCGAGGAACUGGCGCUGGGCAAGUGGGGAGCGAGAAGCAUGUCGGUGGUCAGGUCACAGCCGGUGAGAGAUCUUGGUCUUUGA